ACGGAACCGAUCCGCUUCCCCAGCCCGGUCCUGCGGGGGGGCUCCGAUGCUCUGUCCGCGCAGCAGCGCGUCCGUCCGGCCUGUACAGCGGAGGAGAACCGCGGAGGAGCAGCUGCAGCAUCUGAGGAGGAGGAUGCUCUGAGGCUCCCCGGCGGUACUGUGAAGAUGAGUGUGACCUCAUGGUUCCUGGUGAGCAGCUCAGGUACUCGGCACCGCCUCCCUCAAGAAAUGAUCUUUGUGGGCCGAGAGGACUGUGAGCUCAUGCUGCAGUCUCGCAGCGUGGACAAGCAGCAUGCUGUCAUCAACUACAACCCAGCAACUGACGAACAUCUAGUGAAGGACCUGGGCAGCCUGAAUGGGACGUUUGUGAAUGACCUGCGGAUCCCUGACCAGACCUACAUCACCCUCAAACAGUCUGACAUCAUCCGCUUCGGAUACGAUUCUCAUGUCUACGUACUGGAGAAGAGUCAACACAAAGUCCCAGAGGAGGCUCUGAAGCAUGAGAAGUACUCCAGUCAGCUGCAGAUGAGGCUGAAGGCCGUGGAGGAGAAGAAGAGGGAGGAGCAGGAGCAGAUCCGCGGUGAUCGGACUCAGAGCUCCAAAAGUCUGACUCAAGAGGCCCCGGUGAGUCGGCCCACUCCUCUCUACGGCCAGCCAUCCUGGUGGGGGGAGGAGGAUUAUGGGAGUAAAGUUCAGAGUAGCGAAGAGCCUCUUCCAGAUGUGCAGAAAAGCGCCCCUUCUGUGGAUCCCGGCCUGUCCGGAUCGCUGUCAGAUGCACAACCGGACUCUUUGUUUCCUUCAUACAACCGUGAGCCCAGCUACUUUGAGAUCCCUACCAAGGAUUUUCAGCAUCCUAAAACUAUAGGGGGGGAGCUCCAUGAAAUCCCAACUAAAGACACGGACACGCUCGUGACCCUGCCCUCCCCUCCUAGUCCCACCCCCCCUGUUGUCCAGAGUCACGCCUCCUUCACUAUUGAGUUUGACGACUGCACUCCUGGAAAGAUCAAGAUCAAAGACCAUGUCACAAAGUUCUCCACCCGGCAGCGGCGGCAGCAGGCUUCGCUCACCAAGACCAGCAUCCCCCCUGCGCCUGCAGAGAUGAUGUCAGCAGAGAACAAGGUUGCUGAUUGGCUGGUUCAUAGUGAUGUCAGUAUGAUCAAGAAGAGAGCUCCAAGCGAAGAUGUUUAUAGCACCAAAAGUGAUCUUGCUAUGAACAUCAAGCUGCUGAAAGCAGGUCACCACCAUGAUGAUGGAACCCAGAGUGAUUCAGAGGAUCCUGUUCUCAAAGACAGAGGUCAAUCUUUUCCCUCCGCCCCACCACAGCAAUCAGAGAGGUCACAGCGCACCCCCCAGUCAGGUCCACCUGUAGCUCCUGCAGAGGAGCUCCUGCAGUAUUCUCCACCUACACCAGCUCCAGCAUCACAGAUGGCCAACAAGCCACUGUCCCAAAGCCCUCCCCAGCCUCCAUCGCCUACAGAGAUGCCUAAACAAGCCCUCCCUGACCAUCUCUCUCAACAGGCCUUCAUCAUCGAGUUCUUCGAUGACAAUCCACGGAAGAAGCGCUCUCAGUCCUUCACUCACAACCCCGCUAACACUGACUCUUACUCCACACUCAAGACAAAACUGGAACGACGGAAAGGUGGGGAGAGGCCAGCAUCAGUGCAUGGGCAUGUCUACCCUACCCAGCAGGUAACCGUUCCUCUAAAGAGCCAAGGCCAUGCAGGGCCCCAGAGGUCCAGCUCUCUGAAGAGGGAGAAGACUGAGGGGGAGGGUGCUUCCUCAGCUUCCACGCCUCGCUCUUCAUCAGGAAUCAUUAUUAGGUCCUUUGGCAGCAUUGGUAAGAAAUCAAAACUCUCCCAGGAAUUUUCUGCAGAAAUCCUCAAAGACUCUGGUGAGAAAGACACUUGCCCCACCAGAGACAAGAUGCCCCCCCCUCCAAAGUCUGCACCUGCUGAGAUGGUUACCCCUUAUUAUACACGGAUGGCAUUUCCACCUGAACCCCCUUCACCUUCUUCAGUGUCCUACCCCACGUCCCCCCCACAGCCUCUGGAAGUGUUAAAGCCCCCAUCCAGUACGGUUGGCAGGCUGGACUUUUCAGCCCACACAUCUGAACCCCCCAUGUCCACUUGUGCCCGUGAGGGAGAUCCCAAAGAUUCCCAAAGGAUCCUGAGGCACGAGGAAGAUGACAGUCUGAGUGACGCUGGGACGUACACCAUUGAAACGGAAUCUCAGGAUAAAGAGGUGGAGGAGGCUCGCAACAUGAUCGACCAGGUGUUUGGUGUCCUUGAUUCUCCAGAGUACAGCGGUUCUUCACCUGGGGUCUACAGACCUGUUAUAAGUGAUGACAAAGAUGGGCAAGAUAACCUGCCAUGUGUGGAUAGAUCCACAGAGUCAUUCCAUAACUUUGUCCAAGUUCCAGUCAGUUCCCCCCCAGCAGCCCCUAUAGAGAUUCCUGUUCGCUCAGUAGAUCUGGAGGGACCAAAGUGGGUUUCCCACUGGGCCAGUUUAGCUGACACUGGUGUUGACUCUGGUUCCACUCUGCAUCAAGAAGGAUGUCUGGAAGAUUUGCACUGCAUGAGCCGCUCAAUGGGAACCUUCAGCUACGACAACUCUGACCUGGAGUUGAGCCACAGCGGCAGGACAAGACGACUGCUCCCUCAGGUGCCUCUAGAAAAGCUGGACUGCAUCACACCAAGUAUCUCGAUUCGACAUGAAUCUCACCUAAUCCAGACACCUUCAGACCGGGUUUCUGCUCCAACCCACACACAGGAGUCCAGCCAGUGCCUGUCUGUUCAGGAUGACGUUGACCCUGACAGCCUUAGUGAUGCCAGUCGCUCUGACGAUGGUCUAGUUCUGGAGAGAGCAAAGAACAAUCAGGCCAGGAAUGAAAAUAUACCGGUCUGUACAGCAGGCUUUCAAUUUAAAGCUGAGGAGAAAGUCUCUCCCUCUAACAAGUCCACCUGUUUUUAUAUUGGUUCUGAUGACUAUCCGAGCAAAUCUGAUAAGGUGCGCAGUCUAGCACAGACUGAAAGAACACGAGAACCCUCAGCCAAAGCUCCCCCUACAACAGUUCUGGUCCGCCACCUGAGUGGACAUGAAACCAAGAGGACAGGUAUCAAAGCCAACAGUUCUGCUCCAAACCUCCAAACGCAAGACAAGGACACCACCUCUGCUAAGGAUAGUUGUAUUUCCUGCUUUGUUCGGCAAGAGAGUUUCACGAAAGACCAGCCCAGGGACGCAGUGCAGAUAAAAAAACUUCCCCACAUCUCCAGUCAGCCAUCUAUCAGAGACAUGGAGCAGAAACAAGGAGACAUGCAUGACGCUCAGUUCUUUUUUCAGGAGCCUGCAGGUUCUCUGUCUACACUAGAGACAAAAAUGUCUUCAUCGGGUUCUGGUCGGAGCUCCAAGAAGGGGGGCUCCUCCAGUCAAGUGGACAAUUCUCUGUCAGGUGAGUCCGAUGUGGACUCUGCAAGCACAGUGAGCCAGGUCAGUGGUCAAAAUGCUCCAGUCAGCUCCUCCUCUAAAAAGCGUGCAGCUAUCAGCAUUCUUCAGAAAGAGAAGUCCUCUUCCAGUCCCUCCAUCCAAGCAAAAGGCCGGCAGCCCAGUGCUCGAGAACGCCUUUCGGAGAAGCGUCGCAACCAGAUAACACCUGACGCACAAGGUAAAGCCGACACAGGGAUGCGCAUGCAGAUGCGCCGGAGUGCAGGUAACUGUGGCUCUCUGGAUCUCACAAAGCAUGGUGUGCUUCCAAACUCAAACGAUUCAGCUCCUUCAAAUCUGGAAACACCCGGCCCAUCCACUCGCACCAAGAAAAGUGUUGCUCCCCUUCAGAGAGAAGAUGAUGGAAAAACACCAAAAACAGCCAGUCAACAAGUUCUAACCCGGUCCAACAGCCUGUCGGCUCCAAGGCCAACUCGAGCUUCAAUGCUGCGACGUGCACGGCUGGGUGAGGCUUCAGAUAACGAGGGUGCUGAGACUGACCGGGCCUCUCAGAGUUCUGACCAUACCCCUGCUCCAACCAAAGGCUCUGCUGAGGGGAAAAAGCUGUCCAGGUUGGACAUCUUAGCCAUGCCCAGGAAGAGAACUGGUUCUUUCACAGGUCCCAGUGACACAGAGUCUUCCCUCACCAGUCGUUCUGGAUUCUCUGGUCGCAACGUAGACACAAGCAGGAAAAAUUCAGUGGUUGAUUCCCGCCAAUCAGCUAGUAGAGGCUCCAGAGGUCCAGUGAAGCAGUCACUGACCCGAACCCGUUCCACUGGUGCAAAGUACUCUAGCAGUGGCACACGUCGAACACAGAAGGGCUCAGACUUGUCUUCCUCCGAGGAAGAGUACGAUGCAAACCCUGGCACAUUUAAAUCCAAGCGUUCCUCAAAUUUGACCGCCUCAGUCCAGACUCCUCGCAGCCAGCGGACUGCUGCCACCAGAUCCAAGUCUGUGUCCUUGGAAACAGAAGAAGACGAUGACCAAAACGAUGUUGAUCCGUACCAGAACUGGUCUACACAUAGUGCCGAGAUUGCAAAGCUUAGUCAGGAUCUAGCCAAAGAUCUGGCCAUUCUGGCAAAAGAGAUUCAUGAUGUUGCUGGAGACGGGGACCCUCCAAAUCCUGAAGGGGGCACCACCACCUCGACUAGUUUGCCACAUAACAACACACCAGACUGCACCAUUUCUGCCAGGGACGAGCUGGUCCAGCAUAUCCCUGAGGCCAUUUUAAACCACCAGAAGCUUCCUCCAGGUCCUGCUGAGGUCUUGGACCUGGACGCAAAUAUGAAUGAGCCAGAUCCCACUUCUAAGCAGUGGCAGCCGUGGAGCCACAGUGAGGUGAUGCUGGACAAUGUGAUGCUGAACCCCGUGUCCCAGCUCUCCCAGGCUAUCCGGGAAAACACGGAGCAGCUGGCAGAGAAAAUGAAGUAAGAACAAGUUUUUGAGUGUUCCUAUAAAACCCAAACAGUCUGAUGUUCAACCAUAAAGCUGACACACAGAAAACACUAAUAUUCUAAUUCUAUGGGUAAUUGCAGUCUUUAUGAAAGCAGGAAUAUUUUGUCCUCUUAGUGUUAAAUUCCAUGCUUGCCUUGCCUGCACUCUGAACUUCUUUAAAAAAUGAUGGUGUCAGAAAAUGCAACCACACAUCCCAACACUUUGGUGUGCCGCCACCAAGUUCUGGUCAAUUCAGAGGGUUGCCUAAAGAAAAGCAUCUGGAAUAAAACCAAAGCCAGAUUAGAUGGGAAUCUCUGUGGACCAGGUGAGACUGUGAUCUGUGGUGAGAGCAGAUGGAGGAACAGCAGGUGGAGGUUUGUUUUGAUAAAAGAGAGGAAUGAAGGUCAGCUGCAGCAAGACAGAAUCUAAUUGUAAAUGAGAGGAACUGAAGAGGAACGGUGAGGCUGCAGGGAGCAGAGAUGGAGAAGGUGGAGGACUGUAAGAUCUUAGAGUCAACAGUCCAGAUCAACAGAGUUGGAAAGAGGGGAAGAGGUGUCUGUAAAUACGUUAGAACAGAUGGAGGAAAGUUUCAGGUAUGAUGUGUUACC